UGUUGGAAGAAUACAAGCCACAUAAAAUGAAGUGGUUCCAAUUUGGGAGUUCGUUGGAGCGGUGAUGUGAUGGAGUUAGGGCGCGACUGUUGUCAAUGUCAUGCAACGCAACCGUCUCUCUCGCCCUGACCGCAGUGCCGCAACCUAAAGAGGAGCCGGAGGACGUCUCGCGCCUCUCCGCUGUCCGACCGCCGGUGGAUGCAGAUCUCCAGAAGGCCCGACUCUUGAAUCUGUUAGUCGCCCUCGUUCCCCUCCCCCGCAGUUGAUGCCCUUUUUCUUGUUUUUGUUAUGCUCGGUUGAGGGGAUUCCGUCGCCGCUUCGACGGCUCCAUUUCCCUUCCUUCUCGUUCGUGAUUGCCGUGCCCAUCGAUUGGUUCUUGAUCUUUUGGGCCUGUUUUGGGCGUUCAUUGGAGAUCACAUUACCACGUUGAUUCGGUGAUCCACUCGAAGUCUCUUGACAAAUGCUGGUCGCUUCUGAGCGUGCUGAGGUUAUUUUCUCGCAAAGAUCAACAGUAGGGUAACAACAACAACCAGUCUCGACCGGUGGGGGUCAAAGGUCCAAUAGAUACUUUUUUUUAACACACCACGUUGUUGGAGGAUAAAGCUCAGGAUUCAUUGAAGGCUUUUUCAUUACAAAGAGUUCUUGAUAAGCCUGUACUUGUUGACGACGAAACCUCUGUACGAGGAAUGACCCACCGGAAGGAUCUAUAAAAAAAGCCAGAGAUUGCUCGGAUCAGGAGGAACGGGAGAGAAGGGUCGCAGCUUGAAUCCAGGAGGAAGGGGGAGGAGAUGGAUAAGAGCCAGAAGAGUGGCCACAGGUGUCUGCCCAAGAGGAUCAUCCUGGUGAGGCACGGGGAGAGCCAGGGGAACCUGGACAUGGCCGCGUACACCACCACCCCGGACUGCCGGAUCCCGCUCACGCCGCUGGGCGUCGUGCAGGCGCGCACCGCGGGGGAGCGCAUCCAGCAGGUGGUGUCGGAGGGCGGGCGGGCGGCGAGGUGGAAAGUCUACUUCUACGUGUCGCCUUACGAGCGCACGCGGGCGACGCUGCGGGAGAUAGGGCGGGCAUUCCCGAGGAAGAGGAUCAUCGGGGUGAGGGAGGAGUGCAGGAUCCGGGAGCAGGACUUCGGCAACUUCCAGGUGGAGGAGAGGAUGAAGGUCAUCAAGGAGACGCGGGAGCGCUUCGGCCGCUUCUUCUUCCGCUUCCCGGAGGGCGAGUCCGCGGCGGACGUCUUCGACCGGGUCGCAAGCUUCAUGGAGUCGCUGUGGAGGGACAUCGACAUGAGGAGGCUAGAGCAGGACGACAACUUGGACGUCAACCUCGUGAUCGUGUCGCACGGCCUGACCUCCAGGGUGUUCCUGAUGAAGUGGUUCAAGUGGACCGUGGACCAGUUCGAGCUGCUGAACAACCCCGACAACUGCGAGUUCCGAGUGAUGCAGCUAGGCCCCGGCGGCGAGUACAGCCUCGCCAUCCACCACACGCCGGCGGAGCUGCAGCUGUGGGGGCUUUCGCCGGAGAUGAUCGCGGACCAGCAGUGGAGGGCCACGACCGUCCGCGGCAGCUGGUACGAGAACUGCCCCUGGCACAUCGACAACUUCUUCCACCACCUCAAGGACUCGUCCGACGACGAUGGGUCGUCGGACGAGUGCUACAAUGCAUGAACUAAUUUAUUUUCGGUUGUCUGGUCUCUCCUUGCGUCUCUUUUUCUUCCGUAGAAAAUGAUUCUUUGUGGUACAAGAAUUGCUUCAAUAAACAACACGUCGGUGUGGGCUAUUAUGAGUACAA